GCUUUAGACGCUCGACGGCGAGCAGCGUUUGCCAAUUUCGCAAGGAUUCGAAAUAAUUCGUUUCGAAAAGUUCAAGGAUGUUUUUUAAAGUGUGUCAGUUAGGGAAAGGCAGGUGUUGCCAGGUGCUGUUGAACUAUGCCAGUUGCCAGCGUUGCCAGCUGAGCAGCUACAAGGGAACACCCCGGCUGAUCAAGGCGGUGCAGGGCAGCUCCAAGGAUCAGCAGCUAGCUGGGCAGGUGCAGCGUUUCGGCGAGGACAGUUGGUUUGUGCACAGUGCGCCCAAGUCGGAAACUAUGGGCGUGGCCGAUGGCGUGGGCGGCUGGCGUCAAAUGGGCAUCGAUUCCGGUGUCUUUGCCAAGCAGCUGAUGACCAACUGUUCGAAGUUGAGCGAACAGGCCGAUUACGAUGGUAGGAAUCCACGUCAGCUGCUCAUCGAUGGCUAUCAUCGUUUGAAGGAGCAUGCCACAAAUGUUUGGGGCAGCAGCACCGCCUGCCUGGUGAGUCUCCAUCGAUCCGAUUGCACGUUGCACUCGGCCAAUUUGGGGGACAGUGGUUUCCUGGUGCUGCGGCACGGCAAGGUGUUGCAUCGUUCCGAUGAACAGUUGCACGUAUUUAAUACGCCAUAUCAGCUGUCUGUGCCACCCACAUCGCAAAUGCACAAGGUGCUCUCCGAUCAGCCGGAGGAGGCGAUCUGCACACAGCUCGGCCUGCAGCAGGGCGAUCUUGUCCUCGUCGCAACUGAUGGCCUCUUCGACAAUGUGGUCGAGAGUGAGUUGGUGCAGCAGCUGCAGCAGUUGCACGGCGAGACGAGAGUGGAAAAAGUGCAACUGGCUGCCAAUCGACUGGUGGAUUUGGCCAAGCGUUUGUCCCUCCGCACCGAUUAUCAGUCACCCUUCGCUUUGAGGGCCAAGGCCAACAAUAUGAACUAUGGCGCUGGUGGCAAGCCCGAUGAUAUUACCGUUAUCUUGGCCAGCGUUGAAGUGUCACAGCGUAGCAAUUAAAUUUUGGUAUAUUUCGUAAGCAAUUUGUACUCGUUUUGGAAUUUAUAAAUAAAUAAAUAUGUUCAAAUCGAUUCAAUUCGAUUAAAACAAAAAUUGUUUCAUGAAAUACUUAAUAAUAAAAUGUCUAAGAUUAAAUCUGAUGAGUUCAGGAAACUAAAAA